AUGCGCUUCAACAGACUAGCCAAGCUUAGUUUUGGGACAAUCCAGAAAAUCGAAUCUGCUACCGCUCGUGACGUAGGAAAGUUACACGACGACCUGUUUAGGGACUACCGGAAGUCAAUCAGACCCGUUCGGAACCAAACUAAUGCAGUCAUUCUGAACAUCUCUUUCUUUAUCAUUAUGAUACAUGAUUUGGAUUUGAAAAAUCAGGUGCUAACGACAAAUGCGUGGCUACGAAUUACAUGGCAUGAUGAGUUUCUACAUUGGAAUAAGACGAAAUACGGGGAUUUAACUGAUAUCCUGGUAUCGAGAAACGAGGUCUGGACUCCUGACCUUUUAGUCGAAAACACGGCAUUCGGAUAUCAUCCCCUGGGAAUAGACCAAAUGUUGAUCAGUCUGGACUCAGAAGGCACCUUGAUUUGGGAACCCGGGAUUGUGAUGCAAACAAUAUGUGAGGUAAAUAUUGCCAAGUACCCGUUUGACAGUCAGAAUUGUGCCAUUCGUGUGAUGUCUUGGAUGCAUACAAACAGAUCAAUGGUCGUUGUUGUGGAGAAAAGAAGCGUUGACGUGACAGGUUACUACCCCAAUGGGGAGUGGGAUCUGUUUACUACUUCUGUAAAGGCAUACUCCCCCGAGGAUGGAUCUUACAACAGUGGCGAGAUACUUCCUGGGGCGGAAGCAAUCUUGGAACUGAGACGACGUCCUGUGUAUUACAUUAUUUCCACCAUACUACCAAUCUCGAUGUUGUCUCUGCUAAAUGUUCUGGUAUUCAUGCUGCCCAUGAAUACGGGCGAGAAGAUGACGCUGGCUGUUACGGUCUUGCUCUCAUUUACUGUGUUUAUGAGUGUGGUAAAUGACGUCAUGCCGAAAACGUCGAACAGUAUCUCGAUAUUAGCGGUGUACUUAACCAUCCUGUUGACCCUGAGCGGACUGUCUGUCGCCUCUACAGUGAUGGUACUUCAUUUCCAUCAUCGAGAGAGGAAGUCGAAAACUUUACACGUCACGGAGAGAGUAGUCGAUGACGUAGUACACAAUAGUCGAUUGUAUAAGGUGUGUCGCCCAAGUGCAAACAAUAAUCGUAGAAAAACUACACAAAUAACGAAGAAUGGACUCAGGCCAUCGACUGAAAAACUCCUUCAGGACUACAUGGAGAUCGAUGACUCUGAGGCUAAUCCAGUUCAAGAGAACUGCUGCGUGAACUGUGCGUCUAAAGUGGCUAAGUGGCACUGUUGUGCGAGAAGUAGAAAACCCCGAAAGUAUUUAGGGAAAGAGUUUGCACAGAGUUUAGAUAAUGUGCUAUUUUGUAUAGUCACUAUACUAACAGUACUUUCAACCGUUAUAGCCAUGAUCUUGUUGAUAUACUGGUGA